UACAUAAACACGUUGAAGCAAGCAACGACAAAGGUAUAAGCAGGUCGCCAGUUUAGGGGAGAGCUGCCUGCCGAUGACGACAAGACAGGCGGCAUCAUCAUCAGUGGGGAAGAUGAAGUGCAUAUCUUGCCUGGAGAACUACGACGCACGUGACGCCGGCACGUGCAAGGAGUGCUACGAGGAGGCCAACGAGACCGAGGAGGAGCUCAAGCGCGAGAUCGACGACCUCAAGGCCAAGGUCGCCUUCCUCAAGUUCUCCACUCGCUCCCAACCCAUCUCCUUCUCGGACGUCGUUUUGGUUGCCUCCCAGGAUCCCUCCGCCGCAGGGCUCUCCGUCCCCGUUCCGGCCCAUAAGGCCGUUUUGGCGAGUCGUUCCCCGGUGUUCAGAGCUAUGCUUGAGAAUCAGAUGGAGGAAAGCCUGAGUGGCACAAUCAAGAUCGGUGAUGUGUCCUAUGAUGCCCUUCGUGCCUUUGUCAACUACCUGUACACAGCUGAGAUAUGCCUCGAUGAGGAAAUGGCCUGCGACCUCCUAAUAUUGGCCGAAAAGUACCAGGUGCAGCAUCUCAAGGACUACUGCGAGAAGUUCUUGGUGUCCAAGCUGAACUGGGACAACUCAAUAUUGAGCUACACCUUUGCACACCAGCACAAUGCCAAGCAUAUAGUUGAUGCAGCCUUGACUUUGAUCACAGACAACAUGGACAAGCUUACUACGCGGGAGGAGUACAUGGAGCUGGUGGAGAAAGAUCCACGACUCGUGGUGGAAGUCUACGAGGCUUAUCUGUCGAAACAGAUCAAUACUGCAGCCCAAAAGGAUUCUUCUGCACGAGUAGGUCCUGCAGUUAAGCCCCCCCUCCGUGAUGCCUUUAGUGAUCUAGAUUAUGUCUAAAUUUGAUCCGGCUUAACUCUUAAAUCUUAAUAUAAAUUAGGUGUGAAGAUUGUACUGUGAGGCAUGUCUUGUGUUGUGAUAUAAGACUUACAAUAUCAUCGUCUGAGUGUUAAUUUAUGCACAUCUGAGUCUUUGACCACC